AUAUAUUCACAAUGUAGAAUUAUCAAAGUAUACCAAUUUCUUCAGGCAAUAAAUAAAAAAACACAAUACAAAAAAACCCCAAAUAUUUUGCUUACUACUAACUGAUAUGGCAAUAAAGAAAAUGUUAUAAUUUGACUCAUUUUCUACCAAAUGAUAAUGGUGUUGACACUAAUUUCCAAUGAGUUUGUGUGCAAUGUUAGGCAACCUAGCCCUGCUUGUUACAUUAGGAACAGCUUUUCAUUUCUCGCUUUUUCUCACGACAAACCUAUAACAAUCUCAUCGAGUAAGGAUAAUUACUGUGAACUGAAAAGGGUACUGAAACUCAGAGGCACAGGAAGAAACUGAGCUUAACGUGUAAUGUGCAAAAGCUCCUCCCUCCCUUUCGCUGUCGAUCAGCGCUCAUUCCUCAUUGCUUUAUUGGCGAACAGCAUGAACAGCAGCAAGGUGCCUCCUUCCGUGGCAGAGCAACGGGUGGGAAGCUGAAGGAACAUGAUAAGAUGUCAAAAUAAACCCGAUUUAUUGGAUAACUGAAUGGAUUAAGAAGAGGAAGGCAAACAAGAGAAGGCAGCUGGAUAUUUAUCUCAAUGAAGAAUCUCCAAAUAGGAAAAGCAGAAAGAUGAGUUUCAAAACAGUGGAUUGAACAGCGCUGGGUGUGAUUUCCUGCUGACUGAACCACAAAAGAGGUGGAGGGGGGAUAUUUCUAAAUAAUCCUAGAUGCAAAGUGUCUUGUGAAUGUGAGGUUGAGCACGAGUACAAGCCCAGAAGCCCACGUGCAGGAUCACACCAUCAAAACCGCUGUAAGAACAAAUUUUUCUUCUUUUUUCCUUUUUUUUUUAAAAACAUCCCGCUGAGCAAUGCUACAUAUCCAAAUCUCCAAUCAGGACUGCGACAUCUGAUAUGCAAAAUCCUACAGAGAUUUUUUACAAAAUCCAAUAAAACCUCUAUGCGUACUACUUAACUGAUCACUGAACUGAUGAUGCAAAUCAAUACUACUGAAGGGAACUGUUCUGUUCAGGAUAACUUUAAAUACAUGCUAUUCAGCUCAGCAUUCAGCAUUGUUUUCAUCGUCGGACUGCUUUUCAACAUCGUGGCUUUGUACAUCUUCACUUGUUCGCUGACAAAGAACGAGACCACCACCUACAUGCUUAAUCUUGUAGUGUGCGACACACUUUUCGUCCUCAGCCUGCCGUUUCGGAUCAGCUACUUUCUCAACGGGAGCUGGAGUUUCGGAAAGACGCUCUGCAAAAUCUCCGUGUCGCUGUUUUACAUGAACAUGUACGGCAGCAUUAUGUUCCUGACCUGCAUCAGUGCUGACCGCUUCCUGGCUAUUGUUUACCCGUUCGCCUCCAGGUCACUGAGGACCAAAAGAAACGCGAAAAUCGCCUGCUGCACGGUCUGGCUGCUCGUGCUCUCGGUCAGCUUGUCGGCUGGGUUCCAGCUGGAAACGUCCAGCACUAGAAACAACAGCUCCUGCUUUGAUAAAUUCAGCAAAGAUCAGUGGCAAUCCAAACUAUCCAGUGUGGUGCUGCUCAUCGAGACGGUGGGCUUCUUGAUCCCGUUGCUUAUCAACCUUUUCUGCUCCGGGAUGAUCUUGAGGACGCUGAGAAAACCGGACGCUAUUAAAAACCAAGGGCAGCUCAACAAAGCCAAGAUCUUGCGCAUGAUUGUUGUGCACUUGCUCGUCUUCUGCUUUUGCUUCGUCCCAUACAACGUCAAUCUAGUGUUUUACACGCUCGUUCGCACCAAAAUCAUCGAUAACUGUGCUGUGGAGACUGUAGUCAAGACCGUCUACCCCAUUACAUUAUGUAUUGCUGUGACAAACUGCUGCUUUGACCCAGUUAUUUAUUACUUCACCUCAGAAACCAUACAGAACUGCAUUAAGCGCAAGUCGCAUUCUCUAAAGAGCAGCAGGGUGCACUGCGAAGGAAUAAACGACGAGCCACCUGUGAGCACGGCGCGGUUUCUGAUAGCCAAGUUAAUAUUUAACGAAUCUACAGUAUGAGGAAACAAAGACGCGGAGAACAACAUGUUCCAGUGUGCACUCGAAAUUGUAUAAGAAAGUUUAUUUAUUACUUGUGUAUGGACGGCAAAUUUGUUCUUUCCCCCUAUGAUAACAUGAGCAUCUUUAUACUUUUCAAAAUGCAAUACAAGGUGGUUUUACAAUCGGUUCCCAGGCUUUUAUCCAUUUAUCCAAAAUGUUGUGUAAUUAAGCCAAUUAUAACCUGCUUACAACAAACUCACAAUGCAUAUUUAUAAAAAUACAAACAUUGUUGCUCACACAUGCAUACAUGUAUAGUUAAUAGUAUAUAUUUAAUCUUUUUUUUUUUUUUUUAUCUUGAAUGCAUAUCCUUAACAAAUGUUUUUUUUUUAUAUAUAUAUAAUUGCAUUGCCGUACACCUUUUACGACACUUUUUGAACCCUAAGACUGCAAAAUAAAGCAUAGGAUUAUUUUAAUCCGACUAUUUAAAUACUAAGCUAGUAACUUAACUGUGUACAAUAACAGUAGCGACACGCUCGCACCCGGGCCAAUAGCGAUACAAAUUGAGUGAUGAUUAUAUAUGACUUAAUAAUUAUGGGUUGUGAUCAGCACAUCUAUAUCUAAAAUUAAACAUUCACAGACCUCCACAUCAUGAGGAACCACAGGCCUUAACUAACAAUAACUAUGUGUUCAGAGUUAAAAUAAUUUAUAUAAAAUCUUGGUUCAGCUUCUGUUUUUAAUCUUUAAGUGGCCAUGGUUUACAUCGACAAAGCAUUUGACAUGAAUUUUGAACACGGCACAUGCUAUAGUAGCAUCCAUCAAGUGACGAGAUGCAUUAGACGGCAAGUGAAUGGUCACUUAUUGCAAUUAAGGUGUUAAAAAAUAAAAAAUAAACAUUAAAGAGUAAAGAUUUCAGUGACCCUGACACAGGUGAAAUGGUUGUGAUGGCUAAACAACUGGGUCAGAACAUCAAAAUGGAGGCGUUUAGUGGUUAAGGCUCUGGGUUACUGAUCAGAAGGUCAAGGGUUCAAGCCUUGGUAUCAUCAAGCUGCCACUCUUGGGGUCCUUGAGCAAGGCCCUUAAUCCUCUGUGCUCCAGGGACACCGCAUCAUAGCUGACCCUGUGCUCCGACUCCAGCUUCCGAACAUUGCCGCGAUAUGUGUAGAAAGUAUUCCACUAUAAAUAAAACAUCUUUACCUUUCAAACUGCAGAUGCGUGUGGGAUGCUGCCAGUGUUUAGUCCCUACCAAAACUAGAUUUAGCAUUACGUGUGUGCAUUUUAGGAGGACCUUUUCAUGAAAUCGAAGUCUUUUUAUUACAUGGCGGUCCAUGCAUUCCUGGAAUGUGCAGGUUCUUAAAUUGUUCUGUACCUUUCAAAUCACAGAGAAAUGGGUUCCAGCCCUUUUGCUGUUCAAACACAUUUGCAUGGAGCAGGAGAGCAGGCAAAAGUGUUUCUAAGGCCUAUUUGAUCUAUUCUAUUUUUUCCCUGCAAAAGUGGCAAGAUUUUUCCUUGAUAUCUGGCAUCUAGUUUUACUGCAGAAAUAGAGACUGCUAAGUAUAUGCAUUCGACAGAGGGAAUCUUAUCCUGAUGUUAAAAUGUGAUGAUUGUACAUGUUAUAAAUUUCAUGCUCAGGUUCACUGCUAAAGUAUCCUGUUAAACAUAGAUGAUAUGUAAGGAUUUAUCAAUGCACAUCAGCAAAUCUCCAACAGAUGGUCUUGCAUGUUUACACUCGAGCACACACACACACACACUUACGUAUGAGGGCUUGCUCAGGUAUAAAACCUCCUUCACCAGACAAUGAAAGAGUUCAUUCCCGAUGAGCCAACCUUCACACUCAGCAACAUAUCCCACGCUCGCAAUGGACCAAAGCAACGCAAACCAGUAAGUCGAUUUACUGCAUAUUUACUCUACAACCAAUUUCUCGAAAGUGUUUGCUUAUAAACCUUUCCUCUGCUAUGGUGUAUAAUUGGUCCAUACUUGGGACAUAAAAUAUGAGCUGUGCAAACAAUGUGUCACCAAAGCUCAUCUUCAGUUCAUUAUUUCAGAACUGGCCAAGUGAGCAAACACAGGGAAUAUUUGAAAAGGCAACUCUCAGUAAACGUUGCCUUGCCAAAAGUCGCAACACUGAUGUUAUUAAGUCAAACGUUUUACAUGCAAGCUGUUUAAAAAAAUAAUAAUUUCCUGUCGGGUAGCAAGUAGGUCAGAAAGGAAAAGAGGCUCAAUCUGAGCCUGGGUUUGGAAUAGUUUUAUUUUUGAGACUGGAAAUGUUUACAUAUGUAUACAUGUACUUUACAAAUCUUUUAAUUAGGAUGGAUUUUAAUAUGAUUAUAAUUAUAUAUAUAUUGCCAACUAAAGUUAUGUUUCAAUUGUAUUAUUAUGUUUUUAAAUACGCAUUUAUUAAGGACCGUUUUGAAUAAAGUGCUUCACUUGAGAACAAAAUUGUAGAGCUUAGUUGUUUAUCAACCACUGGGUACUGAUGUCAGCUGGUUAUGAAUGUUUCUAGAUCAGUACUAAAAAAACAAAAAAAAUGGUGGCGUGUCAUUAGUAGCGCAAACCCCCAAUUUCACUUGUGGUUUUUUUUUUUAUAUACUCGUGUUUGAAAAUGUAGUUGGGUUUU